UGGUUUUGAAGGGAAUCGAUUUCGCGACGGGUCAUAUUUUCUUCUUUUCCAGAGGGCAUACAGCGCAACUGGAAGCUUUCCAUCUCCGAAGCGCGGCUCACUGCGGUAGCUUCCAGAUCACCUGAGCACCGCCCAGUGAGCUCGCGCGCGCCCGCUCUCGCAAGAGCAAUCGCCAUGGUGAUGACGUCAAGCUUCCGCGCUGCCCUCGGGCUGCUGCGGCAGAGCAUGCGCAGCGUGCCGCGCGCCAUGCUGGCGCCGGAGACGCUGGCGACCUACCUGCAGCCGGUGACCAACUCCGUGGGUUUUCCCGCCAUGUUGCUGCCCUCGGGCGUCGACGUGGAGCUGGACACCGUCGGUGGCGUGCAGGGGGAGUGGCUGCUGCCGGCGGAGGCCUCCGAGGAUUUGCUGGUGUGGGCGCACGGCGGCGGCUUCGCGUUUUGUUCCCCUGGCACGCACCGGCAGUUCCUGGCGCGCGUGGCGGCGCGCACCAAGUGCGCGAUCUUCUGCCCCAACUAUCGCAAGCCCCCGAGGCACACCUUCCCCGAGCCCGGGCUGGACGUUUGGAAGGCCUACGGGGCGCUGCGCUCCAAACGCACCCGGAUGUUUCUGGGCGGCGACAGCGCGGGCGGGAACUUGGCGCUGCAAGUGGCGAGGAGGGAGCCGAAAACUGUGGCGGGGCUGGUGCUUCUGUCGCCCUGGGUCGACUUAGCGGAUGUGUCCAGCAGCUCCUGGACGGACUUCCGGGACAUCGACUUCAUCCCGGCGGAGCAGUCGCGGCUCACGGCGGAGCUCUACGCGGGGGAGGGCGUUGAUUUGGAGGACCCGGAGCUCUCGCCCGCGCGCCAGGAGAGCUGGCCGGAAGGGUUUCCGCCGGUUCUGCUGGAGUAUGCGGGCGCCGAGGUCUUCCGGUCCCAGAUCGAGCGGCUGUGCAAGGUCUUGAAGCGGAGCGGAGUCGAAGUCGUGGCGCACUGCGAGGAGCGCCAGGUGCACGUCUAUCCCAUCCUCGAUUUUUUUGCCCCAGAUCCAGUGAUGUCUGAGGGCUUCUUCGCUCGGCUGGAGAAGUUUGUGAAGCUCCGAAACGGGAGCUGACGAAGGCUUGAGGUCGCCGGACAAUGGAGAUCGCGGGCCUCCGCUCUCGGAAAAUUGUUGUUUUUGUCCAGCGAAGUCCGACGUUCCCAAGCUUUUGCUUCCCGCCCGAGUGGGACAAACUCUUGGGGCCAAAGCAGCCCCGCGAACGUGCAGGCACAAAGAGUGCAGGGAA